GGGUAAUAAGAUACUUUUGGAGUGACGCGCCCCGUCUCUGAGAAUUGCAGAGAGGAGGGACCCUGUGCGCACUUUACGCGUCUGAGCCGCGUCUCCUCGCCGCCCCGCUGCUCCCAUCAGCCGGAGGCGGGCAGUCAGAGCAGCCGGUCCCCGCGAAAGAAGGUGUGCGACCUCCGGGCGGAUGAGUUAGUUGUCAUUCGGUGUCUGCAUGGAGGCUGAGUUCAGCGCGCAGGGGGACGGAGAGUCGGGGAUGGAGCUGCUCUGUGGAGUCACGACGUGCGACGUCACCAUGACCUGAGGAGAAUCACGAUGGGAUUUCUAUAGUGACGUGAAAUUUAGGUUGGACGCAAUUAGACACGUUUCUAUAGGCGCUGCGUGUUCACCAGCAGCUGCAGAUUAUCGCUGCUUUUUUUAAAUCCACAUUUCUGCACCAGCUCCUGUUUUUUUGGGCGCUUUUUUAAUUUUACGCACGUUUCCAACAACCGCAGAAAUUUCCCUGUAGAUUUUUUUUGCUCCUUGAACUUGAAGCUUUUUUUUUCAAUUCAUAUUUUUUGAUUUUGAUUCCAAGAAGUGGCUGCGCGGUGCGUGGAGGCGCUGACAUUACGCACCGGUGAAGUCCAAGUGUUUUGCGGAUUUCUGUGGGAACACAACGCUUCGUGCUCCGUGCACCUGUGGACCAAACAAAACAAAAACCUCCAGCUCCGAGAUGCUUUUUGUUUUUCACACAUAAGCUGCUUGAUUUUUUUGUAUUAUUUCCUAGUGUCUCCUCAUCCUCCUAUAACGCGUGAGUCGGAUGCGCGGCUGCACCGUGAGCAGUCGGUGCUCUGACCACAUUCAGCUCCUCAGCUUUGAGCAGCCGCCGGUCGACGCGUGUGGAUGGGCUCUGUCGGUCUCUGCAGCUCCUAACUACCGGUAACGAUGGCAUCACACGGUUUCUGGUCUCUUGGCGGAGAUAAUGCGGGGGCCAGCCCCGGGAGUCAGAGCCCCAGUACGACCAGGGCUUGGUGCCAGGCGGCGGCCCAGAAAUUAUCCGGAGGAAUUGGAUCGAAAUUAUAUGCGCUGCUCAAUGUCGGGGAGAUGGAGAAAGCCGCCGAGCCCGGCUCCGACCAGCAGCCGCCGCCGCCGCCGGAGACGAAGUCCGGCGACUGCGGCUGCAACAAAUCCUGCAACUGCACCAAAGCUUCCGUGGGCUUCUCCGACCUCUAUUCAACAGACCUGUUACCUGCGAUGGACGGCGACGCCAAGACGAUGACCUUCCUGCAGGAGGUGGUGGAUAUUUUACUGGCCUACAUCGUGGAGUCGUUCGACCGGGAAACGAAAGUGAUCGACUUCCAUUAUCCCAACGAGCUGCUGCAGAUGAACAACUGGGAGCUGCAGGGCGAGCCGGCGAAUCUGGACGACAUCCUGAUCAGCUGCCGAGCCACCCUCAAGUACGCCAUCAAGACAGCCCACCCCAGGUACUUCAAUCAGCUCUCCACAGGAUUAGACAUGGUCGGGCUGGCAGCCGAUUGGCUCACAUCCACCGCCAACACCAACAUGUUCACCUACGAGGUGGCUCCUGUCUUCGUGCUGCUGGAAUACGUCACUCUGAAGAAGAUGAGGGAAAUCAUCGGCUGGACGGACGGACGAGGAGACGGCAUUUUCUCUCCUGGUGGUGCUAUUUCCAACAUGUACGCCAUGCUGUUGGCCCGCUUCAAGAUGUUCCCUGAAGUGAAGGAGAAAGGAAUGUCAUCUGUUCCCCGACUGGUGGCCUUCACCUCCGAACACAGCCAUUUCUCCAUCAAGAAAGGAGCAGCCGCUCUCGGCAUCGGGACUGAAAGUGUGAUCUGCAUCAAAGUGGACGAGAGCGGUCAACUGAUCCCAGCCGACCUCGAGAAGAGAAUACUGGAGGCCAAGCAGAAGGGUUUCGUACCUUUCUUCGUGAGCGCGACCGCUGGAACAACCGUGUACGGAGCCUUUGACCCGCUCAUCCCCAUUUCUGACAUCUGCAAAAAGUACGACAUCUGGAUGCAUGUGGACGGUGCAUGGGGAGGAAGUCUGCUCAUGUCCCGGAGACACAGGUGGAAGCUGGACGGAGUCGAGAGAGCUAAUUCAGUCACAUGGAACCCACACAAAAUGAUGUCGGUCCCUCUGCAGUGUUCGGCCCUGCUGGUCAGAGAGGAGGGUUUGAUGCAGAACUGCAACCAGAUGCACGCCUGCUACCUGUUCCAGCAGGACAAACAGUACGACCUGUCCUAUGACACCGGGGACAAGGCGCUGCAGUGUGGACGCCACGUGGACAUCUUCAAGCUGUGGCUCAUGUGGAGGGCCAAGGGCACCAUCGGGUUCGAGGCUCAGAUUGACAAGUGUCUGGAGCUGUCAGAGUAUCUGUACAACAAGAUCAAGGACAGAGAAGGAUACGAGAUGAUCUUCAACGGGAAGCCUCAGCACACCAACGUCUGCUUCUGGUACCUCCCUCCUGGGAUCCGCUACAUGGAGGACAAAGAGGAGAGAAAGAAACACUUGCACAAGGUGGCCCCGGUGAUUAAAGCCAGGAUGAUGGAGUACGGGACGACCAUGGUCAGUUACCAGCCACAGGGGGACAAGGUCAACUUUUUCCGCAUGGUGAUCUCAAACCCCGCCGCCACCUUCGAGGACAUCGACUUUCUUAUCGAGGAGAUCGAACGACUGGGCCAAGAUCUAUAAGACUCGUCUCACCUCGUCCUCACGUUCUUUUCCCCCUUGGCGGAUGAAUUGUUUGUCGUGAAUGUACCGGUAAACUUUUCUUUUCUCUCUCUCUCUCUCUUUCCUCCAAAGUCACAUAUUUAAGAAUAUAUUUGAGAAAAAACCCCCACAGAUGUAUCCAUAUAUUAUGUAUUGUAGCUUUGCCGUGGACUGACUUGGUCCAAAGCGAUGUAAAAGUGCUUCUGUCUGCUUUUCCUGUAGCGUAGAUCCCAGAGUAGUGUCAGUUGGUGAUGUAACUCUACGUGUACCUCUUCGUGAUUUGAAAGGCUCGUGCAAUAGGUCGAUGAGGAAGAGUUUUAUUUUUCAAUCAUCUCUCAUUUGCCCAGUUUGUCGUUUAAGUGCCAAACGUGGUUGUGUUCUAUUGUAACUUUAACUUUUAAAACUUCUGGUUUAAAAACUUUGAAAAAAAAGUGAGAAAAAAAAAAAGCACUUCACCUUACCUCAGCUUAUUCAACUGCCUUCACAUCUGCACAUCAUCCUCCUCGCAGUGAUUCUCCUGUAGUGAACCAGCACAUGUAAAAAAAAAUAAUCCCAAUUAGAGCAGAGGGUCGUUUGGAUUCGGAAGGAAAGGAACAGAAAAGUAGAUUCAAAGGAUGUUGGUCCAUCGUGUGUCAUAUUCAAUUUGUUGUCACCAAAAUGGUUUCAGAUAUAAUAAUAAUAUAAUAAUCUAAGGUUAGAUUGAUCAGCACUUCAGAGGUUCAUGUAAAGUUAUCAUCCUUCAGAUUUUAGUUAGCUUGGACUGUCCGCUGGCACACGAGUGGAGAUUGGUUUCUCUGGAUCUCCCCCGAAAUCAUCGUCUAUGAUGGGAGGAAUUGUUUCAGGGCAUCUUACAUUCACAAAACGAAACCAUAAAACAGAAAAAGAGGAAAGAAAAACUGAAAAGGUAAAACACGUCUCCUUAAAAACGUCAUUUGCCGUUACCCUCACUAACGGGACUAAAUCUUAAGGAUGAUAACUUUAACUAAACCUCUCAUUAGUGUUACAUACGUAUAUAUUAGAGAGGUUGUCCGGUAGUUGGGCUUUUGGGUGAAGCACUUAACUGAAAGGUUCGAGGAUUGAUCUUGAGAAACUGGGGCAAUAAUCGUUUAAGUUAAUGACCUUCACCAGAUCCUGCAGCUACUGUCCACCUGACAUCACUUGCACUAAGUCACCAGGGGACGAAGAGCGUCCCUUAGCAUUGCAACUGAGAUUUAAUCCAUUCACAAGCAAUAUAUAUAAAUAUAUAUUCCAGUGUGGGUCCAAUCUUUUAAAACCCUGCAAACAUAUUCAAAAGAGACGGUGAAUUCACGUGUUGACGAUAAUCAAGUCUCCAGACCAAAUGCACCGUAGCUGGCAAAAAAUAAAUGAAAUAAAUAAUAGAGUUAAUUACAUGCUUAUCGUAGGCGGGUUAGGAUCGUGAACCCUGAGGUUCUGUAGCAUUUCCAUUAGUUAGAAAAGCACAAUUUGCUCAACGUGGUCGGUCAGUGUACAAUCACUUUUGAUCAUAGAUUGUAAAUAGUAUUUCAAGAUGUCCUGAGUACAUAUCUUUGUGUAUACAUAUAUGUAUAUACGACGUAUAACCAGAGACUAUUUGUGAGGUAAAGUUAUUCAUAUUUUCUCUAUCUCCGAUAUAGAUUUACUUGUAUUUUCAUCCUGUUUGUCCAAAAAGGCUUUUGUGUGUGCGUGUGUGUGCACGUGUGUGUGAUUAUUUGGUGUGUGUGACAUGAAACGUGUUUCAGGGACUGGCUUUAAAGACACCGACAGAUACCGAACGAGCCGCGGUCGAACAACGAGACUCUGACGUUUGGAUUUUACGUGAAAAUGCAAAAGCCAUUUAAACUCUGGAGCCCUGUGUUUAUUUCUUUCAUUUGUGUGUGUGUGUGUGUGUGUGUGUGUGUGUGUGUGUGUGUGUGUGUGUGUGUGUGUGUGUGUUGUGUGCUCACGUGAUAAUUGACGGUAUGUGCCAACGUGUACCUUAGUGUGUUUGUAACUGUGUUGCCUUAGUAUAAAUUUUGCCAGUAUUGUCUAGUUUUUCCUCCGCAGGGGAGGUCGUGCACUUUACAGUAUACACAUGACCUAAUAACGUGCAAUGUCCAAUGGUUGUCGAUGUUUUAAAGAAUUAUUAUAUUCCAGAAAAAAAAUGUAACUUUAAGCUCUUUGGUCUGAAUGUGACGAGAAUCAAGGGUCUUUUAGACGAGGAAAGCAUUAUUUGAUUAUUGUUCCUAUAAAGCUUGUUUAACUAUCUUUAACUAGCCUAUAAUUAUCGAUCCUGUUGAUUUGUCCUUUUUUGAAAACUGAAAUUCGGCGUCCACACUGUGACACGGACAACAUCGGAUGUGAAACAGCGACAAAGGAAUCUCACCGGUAGUCCUGGAAAACCAGACGCGUUGCACCUCUUGCUGCUGCUGCUCGACUUUGCUUCCUUUGCACGUGCAUGCGAUGCCUUGCCUAUCCAGCUUGUUUGAUAUCCAGUGUCCUCUAUAUCUAUUUAUAUAUAACAUAUAUAUACAAAUAUACAGUAUGUGUAGCACCUGUACCUAUAGCUUGAGUGUCCGAUGUAUAGCUUGUAGCCUGUAGAUUAGUGCUCUGUCGCUCCGGCCUUUACAUGUGAUCUCUCGUGUCUCUGGGCUUCCUAUAAAGUGUCUCCGUGCCGCCAAGCAUGCUAACCUCGCCUCGCAUUGUAUACCUCGCCGCGCUUGAUACUGACUAUCUCUAUCCUCCGUCUUUCUCUUCUGCUUGACAACUGUCACCGCUUCUGAUCGUAGAGUAUUAUAUCUAUAUAUAUAUAUAUAUGUGUGUGUGUGUGUGUGUGUGUGUAGUCCCUCAGCAUGUCUCUCCGAAAGCUCGUCUCCGCUUCCGCACCUGUACGACCGUUAUUUCUAUCUUUCUAUCUCUUCCGCUUUCGACCCUCUGGUAGCAGCGAGAAUUUUCUCUCCCGCGCUUUUCCUCUCAACGUUUCCACGGCUCCCCGCUGUCGUUCUGUUUGUUGUGUCCGAGGCUGGUUUGUUGACUCGUGUCAUGGUGCCGCAGCGUUUUGUUUUAAGACCCUUGACUCUAUGGGAUGUAUGAGAAAGAGAAUUAAUAACAUUUUUUUGGCUUGAUUGUCCAAAAACAUGUCUUAUGCAGGUGUUCUUAGCCUUUAGCACAGAAACAGAAAACAUGAACCCUGGUUUCUUGCUCACAGGGAAUAUUGUUUGUUUAAGAGAACGAUUAAAACCCCGACUACUCAGAGUGCAGUUCAUUUUCACUGAAUAUAAAUCAUAUAUUCUGCAAACUGCUCUGCUAGCUUCUCUAAAACAUUCAUUUGUCCUGAACUAAUGUUACUCUUGGGAAAAUAGAAAUAAAUAUUGUCUAAACAAA